AUGACUACAACAUCCACCACCAUGGCAGAAACAUCCACCGCUUCCCUGCCAACCACAUCCGCUUCGAAACCAGAAAGAUUACCGACCACAGUCGACAAACCCACCCCCUACACCUUUGACCCAGGCUACCUAACAGCCACAGACCCAAACCCCCUCCCCAGCACAUCAACACUCCUUUCCCAAUCCUUCACCGAGCGCAACACUACCCUCCAAACCAUCGCCCGCGAAGGCGCUCAAUCCCUACUCAACACCCUCUUGACAACAUGCACCAUAACAUCAACACCCGACGGUCUCGUCAUGGCCCUUCCCCCACCCACAAUUGCGCUUCCCAGGUGGAAACCCUUACCGAAACCCAAAGCGCCCACGAAAUGGGAACUAUUCGCUCGUAAAAAGGGAAUAGGCAAGUUCGGAGGCAACUUGAAGGGCGGUGCCGCCCUCGAAGAUCGUAAGAAGAAUCUAGUCUACGACGAGGAGUCCGGGGAGUGGGUCAAGAAAUGGGGAUACAAGGGCAAGAACAAGCAGGCCGAGAAUGAGUGGUUAGUCGAAUUGGACGAUGACAAACAGCAGAAAGAGAAAGAUGGGGUCAAUCCUAGAGCUGUAUCUCGACAGGAACGAGUCGAGAAGAUAAAGAGGCAGGAUAGACGGCAGAGAAAUAACGAGAGGAGGAGCAGAAAGGGCAAGGCUGGCUGA